GUGUGCAUGCGCGCUACUAUGUUCUGGAAAUUUCUAUGCUGGGGUGUUGGUUGUAGGGAAUAGAUCAGGACGAAUAGUUGUUUAUUACUUCAAACAUUCUAUUAAAAAGCUGGGUGACUUCCAUCGGCUCCUAUAAGCCAUGGUGAAGAAGAAUACGGUUCCCGAUGGAUGGAGAGGCAUUAUACCCGUUGGCCGACGUAUACCAAGAACGAGAUUCAUUGCUUUCAAAGUCCCUUUGAAAGGAGCAAUAAGUCAAAGGCUUACAGCUAAUCAGAAGUUUUCUCCAAAAGAUCUUAUAGCAAAAAUCAAAGAGCAAAAUGAAGAACUUGGGUUAAUAAUUGACUUAACAUACACAACUCGCUAUUAUACUGAAAAGGAUUUGCCAAAAAGCGUCCAGUAUCAAAAGCUGUAUACAGUUGGGCAUGAGGUACCAGAUGAUGCUACCAUUCUUCAGUUUAAACGAAGAGUCAGAAAAUUUUUAUGGGAAAAUGCUGACAAUGAUAAAAUCAUUGGAGUUCACUGUACAGGUGGGAUUAAUAGAACUGGAUACCUUAUCUGCAGAUACCUAAUUGAUGUAGAAGAAGUGGACCCUGAGACAACAAUUGAACUUUUCAAUGCUGCUCGGGGUCACAAAAUGGAUGGAGCUGUAUAUCUGGCUGACCUUCGAUGUGGACCAAUGAGAAGUAAUUUGGGAAUUGAUGUGUUUGAUGCAGAGCCGGAGCCAGAGCCAGAGCCAGAACCAGAACGAUUGGAACCUUACCCAUCAUACUCUUUAAGACCACAUGGCCCUAGGCCUAUGCUUGAUGAUUUUCCAGAGCCUGAUUCAAGACAUGGACCAUCGUAUGGAGCAUUGCCUCUUUCUGCUAGAGACUUUGACGUUCCCCCAUAUAAUAGAUGGCACGACAGACCUCGACCUCUUCCUCCUCCUCUUCCUCCACCACCACCUUCACUUCUUUACGGUGAACACAGACCUCUUCCCCGUUUUGAUGACUAUGGUCCAGAGGAAUACAUUGGACGUUCAAGGUUUAACCAUUUCAAUGAGCACAGAGCGAUACGUAGUCUGGAAGAAAAUUCACGUCUACAUAGUAGAUAUGCUCCGUAUUCUACAAGACUGCCAGUGCCUCAAGAUCGCUACAGGGAGGAUUUUGAAAGAAAACCUUAUUCCAUAACAGGCAGAAGAGAAUUAGAACCACAGAGUUCUGCCCCAAACACUAUUUUUACACGUGAUUAUAAUCAUGGUCAGCCGCCAGAACGUGGUCCUAGUCUGAGUAAAUUAGGUGGUGGAUUCUAUGACAAUUUUGAUAGUUUCCGUGACUAUGAGUGGAACUAAAUAACCACUAUCUUUAAUGUAUAUUCAUUUGUUUUUACUUUUGGGGUGGUAAGCAAGCGCUUGUAUUUUUCAUUAGAAGUUUACUUUUUCCAAAAUUUUUAAUACUGAGGGACCACAAAUCUCUCCCCUUCCCCACUCCAGGCCUUUUAAUAUUUCUGUUGACUUGGCACCAUAUACUUAAAGAAUGCUGCUAGCUUUAGCAGUCUGUAAUAUGAUGCAAACAGAAAUAGUUGGUCAAUUUCUUUCUAUAUAAAUAUGAAAAUAUGCAUAUUGUCUUGGUUCAAAGUUUUUUUUAAGAUGAAUUUCUGAGCACAACAGAUUGUAGAUAACUUUUUAAAAUGAAGUUGGAGACCUUAAAUGUAUCCUAAAAGUGUGAAUUGCACAGGUUGCCUCACAUAUAAUUUACCACCAGAAAUGUUUUUUUUAAUGUUCUGCACAUGUUUAAAAAUGCGAAACGCAUCACAAAAUCAGUUUUUUAAAAUCUUGGUCACUUCUUGAUCCAAAUAAGCUAACUUCUAUGAUGGAACAUGCCGACUAAGUUGUGCAAUUCAGUGAGGCUGCCCAGGUUGUACCUGCUGAGUUCACAGAACCAUAUUCAGUCAAGUGGUACUAAAAAUAAAUGUUUUGUGUUUUAAAAUAAA